AUGCGUACUUCAACAUUGGCUUUUUUGGCCUCAAAUCAAACACCCUUCGUUUGCAACCUGUCGACCCGCCUCCUUUCUAAUCUGUCUCCACUCCUCUUUCAUUUCCGAUCAGGAAUUCUAAAGGACAUAUUCGGUGAAUACAUUUACUGCUAUCUGCUCGGUGGGGUCUGCUACUUGUUCUCUUUGAUCUCUCUACUUUUCCUUUGCCGAUUCCGUCAUCAGACAGAUACUCCAGACAGUGCCAGUCUUUCGCUUUUAGCCUACAAACAUCAAGCCUGUCUUAAGAUGCAUUGCUCCCAGUGUUUGUGCUGUUGUCAUCCGAAGGAAGUUGAAGCCGGUUGGACAAAAAGACUUAGCUCAAAUCCCAAUGCAUGGGAGGGCCAGAAUCAGUUGAAAGGUUGGCCUCAGUCCUUUGGGAAUCAGCGCUUCUCAACAUCUCUAGGCCACCAUGAACAAGGGAACAGGUGGUUUACAGAACAGGGUCUGCCUCCAGCUCGAGCAGACUGGACGCGUGGAUACGAUGGCCCAAUGACUGGCUACCCUCGAGUCGACCUCUCCAGACAAAUGGGGGACUUCAGAGGACAGUAUGAGAAAAGGCCUUAUGAACUUGACUUGCAUGAGACAAUUUAUGCCAACUAUCUGCGAAAUCUAGAACAGAUAAGCGAAGAUAAGUAA